CAUCUGUUGACGAUUGUAUCUGAAUUUGCACAAUGAAUUCGGCCUUUCACUGUGUCUGGUGCAAUGUCAUCGCCUCCCUAACUGGCGUUUACUGAGUAAAAAUACACAUUCACAGCAUAACGAACGCAACCUCGGGUGUUAAGUCGAAAGUCAACGGAGAGGACAUGUAAAGCCAUCGUUUUAAAAAGGAGGAAUUGUAUACGCUGACUAAGGAGAGCCCAUGAAGUUCACAUAUCGAGCCUUUCUUUUAUAAGGUCCUGCUGUAGUUCUGGUCUGUAUCCAGUCUCCUCUCUAAAUGGCGAUAGCACGCCAGUUUGGAUUACUCUUGUGGAAGAACUACGUUCAGCAGAAGCGUCAGAUCCUGGUGACUCUAGUGGAGAUCGCCCUGCCCCUGCUCUUCUCGGGCAUCCUCAUCGUGCUGCGCGAGAACGUGCCUUUCAAGGACUACCCCAACGCCACGCUCUACCAGAGCUUCUCUGUGGAUGGCCUGCCGUACCCACUGGACAACUACCAUCGCUACCAGUUGGCCUACGUGCCGGGCAAUGCCAGUGUGGUGCGGUGGGUGGCGGAGGACGUGCAGCGCAGCCUGGCACCCGUCAUCAGUUCAGUACAUGGGUUUGAGACAGAGGAGCAGUUUGAGGACUUUGUGAGGAAGGACCCUCAGUCUCGGAAGGUUCUGGCUGCUGUGGUGUUUGAGCACUCCUUCACUCACGAUGAUGAGCCACUGCCCCAACAGGUCAGCUACCACCUGCGGUUCAGCUUUAGUCCCCGUAAUGCCCCGGCCAAGGAGAAGUCUGAGCUAAACAUCAACAAUGACUUUGACUGGCACACCCUCAACUUGUUCCCCCUCUUCCAACUGCCCGGGCCCAGGGAGCAGUACGACCUCCAGGGGGGCACGCCUGGUUACUUCCGCGAGGGCUUCCUGGCUGUGCAGCAUGCGGUCAACAAGGCCAUCAUGCGUUCCUAUAACAGCACAGGAGCAACCUGGCUCUUCUCCCACACCCGGGUGGUCCUCCGCCGAUUCCCCUUCCCGCCGUUCAUCUACGACGUGUUCAUCCUGGCCAUCCAGAACCAGCUGCCCCUCCUCCUGGUGCUGAGCCUCACCUAUACCUCUCUGAACAUCGUGAGGGCCGUGGUGCAGGAGAAGGAGAGGAAGCUCAAGGAGUACAUGCGGAUGAUGGGCCUCAGUAACUGGCUGCACUGGAUGGCCUGGUUCCUCAUGUUCUUCCUCUUCCUCGCCAUCUCCAUGUUCUUCGUCACGCUGCUCUUCUGCAUCAAGGUGAGCCCUAAUGGAGCUGUGUUGACCUAUAGUGACCCCACCCUGGUCUUUGUCUUCCUGCUUGUCUUUGCCGUGGCAACCAUCAACUUCAGCUUCAUGAUCAGUGCCUUCUUCUCAAGAGCCAAUGUGGCGGCGGCGGCGGGCGGCUUCAUCUACUUCCUGUCCUACCUGCCGUACGUGUUCCUAUGGCCUCGCUACGACCUGCUUAGCCACGCCCAGAAGGUGUCUGCCUGCCUCAUCUCCAAUGUGGCCAUGGCCAUGGGAGCGCAGCUACUAGGCAUGUUUGAGGGCAAAGGCACGGGGAUCCAGUGGUGUAACCUGUUUGAGUCUGUGACGGUGGACGAUGACUUCUCCCUGGCCCAGGUGCUGGGGCUGCUGCUGCUGGAUGCCCUGCUCUAUGGCCUGGUGGCCUGGUACGUGGAGGCUGUGUUCCCAGGGGAGUACGGAGUCCCUCUGCCCUGCUACUUCUUCCUACUGCCGUCCUACUGGUGCAGCAGCCCCCGCAUGGCCAUGGUGAAGGAAGAGGAAGACGUGGAGAAGGCUCUGAAGGGAGAGUUCAUCGAGGAGGAGCCAGCCGGACUGGUCUCAGGAGUCAAGAUCAAACACCUGAACAAGGCAAGGUCUUGUCUGUUUCCUCCCAGCAGUGGCAGGGCCUACAUUAACGGCUAUGACAUCUGUCAGGACAUGGCUCUGAUUCGCCACAGCCUGGGCCUGUGUCCGCAGCACGACGUGCUCUUUGACAACCUCACUGUCCAGGAGCACCUGCUAUUCUACACACAGCUGAAGGGGUAUUCCCAGGAGAAGAUUCCAGCUGAGGUGGACCGGAUCAUCAGGAUUCUGAACCUGGAGGACAAGCGACAUUCCUACUCCAAGACCCUGUCAGGUGGGAUGAAGAGGAAACUGUCCAUUGGCAUCGGCCUCAUCGGAGACUCCAAGGUGGUGAUGUUGGAUGAGCCCACGUCGGGCAUGGACCCGUCGGCGAGGCGGGCCACCUGGGACCUGCUCCAGGGCGAGAAGCGCGGGCGCACCAUCCUGCUGACUACGCACUUCAUGGACGAGGCCGACCUGCUGGGGGACCGUAUAGUCAUCAUGGCUGGGGGAGAGCUGCAGUGCUGUGGCUCUCCGCUGUUUCUCAAGAACAAAUACGGUGCUGGCUACCACAUGGUGAUCGUGAAGGAUGCGCUGUGCAACGUGUCUGAGAUCACACGGCUGGUCCACAUGUACGUUCCCAACGCCACGCUGGAGAGCAGUGCUGGGGCUGAGCUCUCAUACAUUCUGCCCAAAGAGAGCACCAACCGGUUUGAGCUGCUGUUUGCAGAGCUGGAGAUGAACAGAGAGGAGCUGGGCAUCGCCAGCUAUGGAGCCUCUGUCACCACCAUGGAGGAGGUCUUCCUCAGAGUGGGGAAGCUGGUGGAUUCUAGCCUGGACAUCCAGGCCAUCCAGCUUCCCCCGCUGCAGUACCAACACGAGAGACGCUCCCAUGACUGGACCAUGGAUGACACCAGCAGCUAUAGCGGCAUGACGGACGUCACCGACUUCACUGACAGCGGCACGCUCAUCUCCGAGGACUGCUCCAACAUCAAGCUCAACACCGGGGCCAGACUGUACAUGCAGCAGUUCUAUGCCAUGUUCCUGAAGCGGGCGCUCUAUAGCUGGAGGAACUGGAAGGUGAUUGUGGCCCAGUUCCUGGUGCCCCUGGUGUUCACCGUGCUGGCCCUGGUGGUGGCAAAGACCUUCCCCGGGCGCCACGACUCACCGCAGCUGAGGCUGGCACUGGGCCGCUACGGCCCCACCACUGUGCCCGUGGCCCUGGAGCCCGGCAAGGGACCGCUGGCAAUCGCCCUGGCACAGGUGUAUUCUUCACAAUUGGCCGCCCAGCAAGCCCAGGACGUCAAUAUUAGGGACUUCACGGAGUACGUGCUCACCAAGACCGAGGAGGAGGGCGGGGCAUUCAACGAGCGCUGCGUGGUGGGUGCAUCAUUCAGAGGCGGCACGGGGAAGUUUGCCGAGGUCACGGCCUACUUCAAUAACCAGGGCUACCACACGGCCGCUACAGCCCUGAUGAUGGUGGACAACACCCUGUUCAAAAUGCUGGCCGGGCCCAACGCAUCGAUUAUGACUGGAAACAUGCCCAUGCCCCGCAACGUCUCCGAGAGCGCCCAGAGUCAGCUGACAGAAGGUCAGACGGGCUUUGCCAUCGCCAUCAACCUGAUGUAUGGCAUGGCAUCCCUGUCCAGUACCUUUGCCCUGCUCCUGGUCACAGAGCGUUCACUCAAGUCCAAGCACGUACAGCAGGUCAGCGGCGUCUACCUCUCCAACUUCUGGUUCUCUGCACUGCUCUGGGACCUGGUCAACUUCUUCUUGCCCUGCAUGCUCAUGCUGGUGGUGUUCCGGGCGUUUGGGGUCAAGGCCUUCGUAGCAGACAACCACCUGGUUGACGUGUUAUUACUCCUGCUGCUAUAUGGCUGGGCCGUCAUCCCCCUCAUGUACCUGCUCAGCUUCCUGUUCUCCACCGCUGCCACCGCCUACACCCGCCUCACCAUCUUCAACAUCAUCAGCGGCACCGCCACCUUCCUCACCGUCACCAUCAUGACCAUCCCAGAGCUAUAUCUACAGGACCUGUCUCGUAACCUGGACAAGGUGUUCCUGCUCUUCCCUAACUACUGCCUGGGCAUGUCCUUCAGCCAGUUCUACCAGAACUACCAGUUCAUCACCUUCUGCACCCCCAACCCCGUGACCAUGGCCUUCUGCCGUGCCUUCAACAUCACGUACCAGGAGAACUACUUCUCCAUGUCAGAGCCGGGGGUGGGGCGUUUCCUGGUGGCCCUGUCCCUGCAGGGUGUAGUCUUCAUCACCCUCCUUUUCAUCAUCGAGAUGCAGUGUGUCAAAACCCUCCGCCGCUUCCUCACCCACCUCGCCAGCAGACAUAAACAGUUGCCUCUGAUGGGGGAUGCGGCCCUACUGCCGGAGGACAGGGACGUAGCGGAGGAGAGGAAGAGGGUUCUGGAGUGUCAGCCCAUAGUAGAAUCUAUGGUGGGGAGCCCACUCAUUCUGCAGGACCUCAGCAAGGUAUACAGCAGUGGAGAAACAGUACUGGCGGUAGACAGACUCUCUCUAGCAGUGGGGAAAGGAGAGUGUUUUGGCCUGCUGGGUUUCAAUGGAGCAGGGAAGACCACCACCUUCAAGAUGCUCACCGGGGACGAGACUGUCACCUCUGGCGAUGCCUACAUUGACGGCUACAGCAUUCUGAGGGAUGUCAAGAAGGUACAGCAGCGGAUUGGCUAUUGCCCGCAAUUCGACGCUGUCCUGGAUCACAUGACAGGAAGAGAAACGCUGAGCAUGUAUGCUAGGCUCCGGGGGAUACCAGAGAAAUACGUGUCAGGCUGCGUGGAGAACGUGCUACGGUCCUUACUACUGGAGCCCCAUGCUGACAAACUGUGCCGCAGCUACAGUGGGGGCAAUAAGAGGAAGCUGAGUGCGGCUGUGGCUCUGAUUGGUGGACCCCCGGUAAUCUUCCUGGACGAGCCGUCCACUGGCAUGGACCCGGUUGCUAGGCGACUGCUGUGGGACGCUGUGACGCGCACCCGGGAGUCUGGAAAGGCCAUCAUCAUCACCUCUCACAGUAUGGAGGAAUGCGAGGCCCUGUGUACCCGGCUGGCUGUGAUGGUUAACGGUCAGUUUAAGUGUCUGGGCAGUCCCCAGCACCUGAAGAGUAAGUUUGGCAGUGGCUACACACUACUGGCUAAAGUACGAGUGCACAAGGAGGUGGAGGAUAGCGACCUGCAACUCUUCAAGGACUUCAUCGAGAGCACCUUCCCAGGAAGUCUACUAACAGAUGAACACCAGGGAAUGGUGCACUACCACUUAACUGACAAGACUCUUACCUGGGCACAGGUGUUUGGCACCCUGGAGGCAGCCAAAGAGAAGUACAACAUCGACGACUACGCUGUGAGCCAGAUCUCCUUGGAACAGGUGUUCCUCAGCUUCGCCCAGUUUCAGCACUGCAGCAGGAAAUAGAUACAGCGAGGAGGAAGAAGAGGGGGAGCUCCAUCUCUCUGUUUCUCUCUCUUUCUGUCUGUCCAUCCGUCGUGUGUAUCUCUCCACUCUGUGUGGCUGACCUGUGUACAUGGGCUCGACUAUGUGACGCGCCACUGAGCUAUGAUCAGGUCUUGAUCUACAUACACACAGACAGACACUGUGCAGUGAUGGAGCAGAGUUUGAAUCCCUGGACACCCGGUCUUCAACGUGGCCGUGUUACCCCAGCUCCCUCUAACCCCGCUGGGCUUGGACCGCCAACCAGACUGGACCUGUUGAUCCAAGCCUGGGUCUUAACCAUCAACCACUCCUUUCUCUUCUGUUCAAUCAGUUUGUGUGUUGGACAUUUAGGUCAUUACAGAGGCAAGGUUAGAGUUAGGGAGUUCUGGGGGGGUCUGCUAUACGACCAAGUAAGAAAUCUUAGAUGUUACCCCUUUUUGUCUUUGACGUUUAAAGACCAUGUAUACAACUGGAUAUGAUGGUCUACUCUGUAUAAUACAACUCAGCCUUGUGAAUGUGUGACAGGCAGGGUUGUAAAUGUGUGACAGGCAGGGUUGUGAAUGUGUGACAGGCAGGGUUGUGAAUGUGUGACAGGCAGGGUUGUGAACUUGUAUGCAGCUUUCUUUAUGAAUGAUUUUUGUCUCCUCAUAUGAUUCUUACUGUGAUCCUAAACAAUUGUUGGUUAUUGUUCGUCACUGAUAUGAUUGAAAUAUACAAUGAAGCACUUCAAGUGAUGGAAUUGUAAAACAAAUCAACACUUUUUUCUUUAUUAGGGUAAAUGCCAUGCUAAUGCCAUGCCAGGGUAAAUGCCAUACUAAUGCCAUGCCAGGGUAAAUGCCAUGCUAAUGCCAUGCCAGGGUAAAUGCUAUGCUCUAACGCUUGCUCAUCAUUUUUGGUCGGAUGUAAAUGAUGUAAUAGAUUCAUGGUACUGAAGCCACUUCCUGUAGGAAAUCAUUAGAUUGGUUUGCAGAAACAGUGGCUAACAAUUGCAUGUCUGAAAGAACAACAACCUCUCUGCACUGCAUUGCAUGGCACACAAAGUGUGCUAGGUAUUGAGAUGCCCUCAGACCAUCAUUGAAAUUCCUAAUUGCAAGAUUCAGAAAGAAAAAAGGUCUUGGACUGUGUUGUUUCUAUCCUUAGCAUUGUGUCCACUGACUGAAGCACAACUUCCCUUUCUACGGGCUACAGUAAGUUUGAUGCAGUGUCAUAGUUACAGAAUCACUGUGUCAACCUGCUGAGGUACAGAUAUGUUAUUUGACUUUAAGUGAUAAGUCAAUGACCUUGUGAAAUCACUGAACUAUCCCUCUAAAUGAGGUGUUUUUUGGUCAGUUUACCCACUAAUUUAACUGCAGCUUAAGCAUUUCAUGUUAACUUUAUUUGUUUGUGUGCUGUCCCUUUACUGCUGUCAAUUAUACUACUACAGUACUACAAUGUUAUUCCUGAAGGCUGAAACAAAAUGAUGUUUUUGCUUAUCAAUGUGUAGAUGCAUUACAGCUAUGGACCAAUGCACUGUUACGUCCUCUUAAUAUAGAGUUUAGAGUACUUUACUAUAGAGUAACACACCGUCCAGUCAACAAAUCAGUCACUUUUUCCCAUCCAUUGGCUGUUUUGUUUUCUCAUUUGCAAAUCCUUUCUUAAUGUAUUUGAAUGAAGAGGUUGAAUGAGAAUGUGAGGUUUAAAGACAAUAGCUUCCACAAGAAUGAAAGUAUUUCUGUCCAGACAGAGAAUUCCUGCGUCUUGUUCCAGCAUUCCAUUUAUACUAUAUAUUUUUUUUGCUUUGUGGAAAAUGUUUAGGCCAAGUCCAAUAUUUAGUCCAAUUGUGUCUAGACAUGUUCACUCUCCUAUGUUCUCCCAAUGCUACCCUGGUUGAUGUGGUUAUGUAUCUAAACUAUCAACAGUAGUCAUGGGAGCAUAGUGUAAACGUCUUAAAGGGGUAGCUGACUUUUUUGUUGAUGUUUUCAGUUAAAAAAAGUAAACUGUCCUUUUUAAAAGAAUGUUUCUGAAAAUGGUUAACUUAUCAAUGCAACUGACUGUAAAACAGCCUCCCAUAAGGACCAUGAAGGAUCAACUCUGCCCCCCCACCCCCCUCAUAGCUCACUCAAUCUAGCAAGUUGACUUUUUAUUUUAUUUUUUAAAAGCACUUUUGAAGUAAACCUCUGCAACAA